GUUUUUGUUGUCCCACCUCAGAGGCAGCGUUGAGGCGUUCUAUUAUUUCAAAGAUUUUAUAAAUUGGAUGAACGGUAUAAAUGUUGCGGAAACAGCAUAAGUAAAAACGAUCUCAUUAAUGGCCUCACUUUGGUCGAAGAUCUCUGCUGUCCUGCCUCAUGAUGAGGAGCAGUUUCCACUGCAGUUUGGGGACAUAGUGGAGUCCAGUGUGGUGGAGAUACUGAAAAGGUCCAGACGACAGCUGUACAGCGACACCAUCAGCGCCAGCCGAAUGCUCACUGCCAAGAUUAUUUUGGAUUUUUCAUGGGAGAAACUCAAUACGGGAACAUGGCGCCAUGUUGACAAAGAAUGGAGGCGUGUUUAUUCGUACGGCUGCGUCUUCAAAGUGGCCGCCCUGUGCCGUGGUGAUCCGUCAGCAGAGGAUGUCCUGCAGGCUCUGAGGACUUGUGACAUGGGUUUACUCAUGGGUGCAGCCAUCUUGGAUGAUAUACUUCAGGUUAUUGUGCGGAUUCUGCAAAGUGAAGUCAGGAAGUCUACUAGAGAAGAAGAAAGUGAACUCCCUGAGGUCAAGAGAAUAAAGGUUGAGUGCCCGCAUGUUCCUGUGAUCAAAGAGGAGGGGGCCAUUCCCAGGUUAAAGUGUCCUUCACUGGAGAGCUUCAACACAAACUACCUGCUCCCCCUCAAACCGGUCAUCUUAGAGGGGACCAUCGAGCACUGGCCCGCCCUCAAUCAGCACCCCUGGAGCAUAGAAUACUUGAAGUCUGUCGCUGGCUGUCGGACGGUUCCUGUCGAGGUGGGGUCCAGGUACACGGACGAGGAGUGGUCCCAGACUCUGCUCACGGUCAAUGAAUUUAUCGACCGAUACAUUUUAAAUAAAGCUCAGGAUGGAGUGAAAGGUUCCGGGUAUCUCGCUCAACACCAGCUUUUUGACCAGAUACCAGAGCUGAAGGAAGACAUCCGUCCUCCUGAUUACUGCUGCCUCGGUGAAGGAGACGAAGACGACAUCACUGUGAACGCCUGGUUUGGCCCCGGAGGGACAGUGUCUCCUCUGCACCAAGACCCUCAGCAGAACUUCCUGGCUCAGGUGGUGGGAAGCAAAUACAUUCGCCUUUAUUCCCCAGAGGAUAAAGACAAGCUGUACCCUCAUCAUUCACAGCUCCUUCACAACACCAGUCAGGUUGAUGUGGAGAAUCCAGACACCGAGCGCUUCCCGGAGUUUGCCAAGGCCCCUUAUCUGGAAUGUGUGUUACAGCCCGGAGACGUGCUGUUCAUCCCCGUCCAACACUGGCAUUACGUCCGCUCCUUAGAGCUCAGCUUCUCUGUCAGCUUCUGGUGGUCAUAACUGCACAUCGUUAAUUAAAAAAAUAUAUAUAUUUGUACAAUUUCACUUGUUUUCUGCUUCUGUGGAGGGAAACCAAUUUGGGUGUUUUUAACUAAUGCAAGGCUAAUUCUGAUAAAUCUUAGGACUGGCACUGAUCAAACAAACCUUUGAUCCACAAACAAUGAACACACACCACCGAAUGAUUAGUUUAAUUGUGCCGCUGAUGAUUGCAAAAAAACAUCCAUUGUGUGGAAAGCUGGAAGCUGGAGGAAAAAAAACAAAUGAGCAGUUAAAACUGUUUGUGCUCAUUUCAUCCUGCAUAUAAUUACAGAGCGGUGUUAGUCAUCUCAUUUGAUAGGGUAUGUUUCUCUUUUCAAAUUGGCAUAUUUAAUUGUGUUUUCAACCUUAUUCCUACAACUAUUCUCAGAUGUGUGAUUUCCAUAAUUCAUGGAAAUGAGGCUUCAAAUGUAAUAACCGAGCGAGCUACAGGUACGAAUAUGGUGAUAAACAUGGCUCUGUGGUUAAACUGACAGUCAGAGGCAAUUAGGCAGGUUGCAGAUUAAAUUAAUAAAUGAAAUGAAUUAAUCCCCUGGGAAAAGACAGGCUUUGAAAUUAAAACUGUCUCAUUGGUUAAGCACCCUGACAGUACAACUCUUGUCAAGUAUCACAAACGUAUCACCUGACUAUAAAGACGGCAACACUUCGUUUCACUUUUCAGACCUCUGACAAGCCCCAGUCAUUAUCCCGUCGGUCUGUUUCAAUCAAACCCUCUAAUUAGAGUCGAGCAGUAUGACAGUAGUGACAACACUAAGUAGAUCAGCACUGAUGUACACAUUUGAUCUGCUUUUCAACCCAAAUCCCAGUCAACUGAAUCAGGGAAAUGAAGGCAGCGCAUGGCAGACAAACAUCUGAGGAGGUGAAGAGUUGCGUGGGAUUUGUCAGCCCAAGAAAAUAGAUUUAAAUCCAAUUCUUUUUUUUUUAACGAGUGAAAUUUUGACUAUGAACAAGGUCUAAAAUGAUAAUGUGGCUAAAACAAACAUGCAUAAUUUGCUGCAAAUGUAAAACAUAAUGGGUUUAAAUUGUCUCUCUAUGACAGGUGACUGAAAUUUGUUUUCUCUAAGUGCUUGUAAGUAUGUGCUCAUUCAUGCAUUUUAAUUAUGAGUAGUUAACAGGUGAAUUAAGUAUUUAGUCCUUUUCCUCAAGCAGCAUUACUAAAAUCACAUUGAAUAAAUGGUCUUACAAACAGUGGAUUCCAAAUCCUACUUAGGUAAAAGAAUGAAAAGCAUCAACAUAUAAUCAGGUUCCCUUUCAGAACAAUAUAUUUAUUAUGUUAUUGGAUUAUAAUUGUGAUUGCACUAAUGUGUUCAUCACAUCAGAGUUGAUUGUGUUAAAGGUGCAGCUUGUUUGUGCUAUCUAUACUGCUGGGUAACUUGUGAAUUUCAUAUAAUAAACAUAUCUUAUCGAUUUUAGUUCAAGGUAACCUAUUAAAAUAAUGAUACAUAUUAUUGUUAUAAAUUUAGUAUAGUAUUUUCCUCUGAGAUGGGGGAUUAGGAGUAUGAAUUAGCAGGAAAUGUCAAAUCUCAAUAUUAAACAUAAAUACAUACAUAAGUAAAUGAACUUUUCCGACACUGAUAGUCAAAAGCGUAUCUUCCACAGUGCAGCAGAUAAAAAGUUCAAAUUUUGGUUUAUUACUUUUGAACUUUGAAUUUUGAGAAACAUUGUGGCAGUAUAAGCACACUCUGCCUUCUUUAUAAGUGUAAAACAAGGAUAAUAUCCACCUGUAUUUCCAAUCCGCUCUGAAAAUGUAAUGGGUUCUUUUUUAGUUCAUGUUACACCCUCCCACCAAGUUUCAUAAAAAUCUGGCCCGUAGCUUUUCAGUAAUCCAACCUCCAUUGCAAGGGUAAUAUCCAAGAACUGGAGCAUUACACAUUGCCUGGGUUUAGGUAAUAGACUUAUCCUAACCCAGUUAGUUUCCUUACGAGUUUAUCUAAACCAAUAAUAUGAACCCUGCAGAGUUUAAUUCUGUAAGUAAAUGCUGUAUACUUCAUUUAGCCCAUCAGUGCUUUGUUGUCGUCAAGUGCGUGGCACAAUUGACUCAGGAUCACACAAAACUGCUUACUCCCAUUAAAAUGUAAUCAAUACUCAAUUACCAGUGAAGUAAUUUGGGACCUCUGGGCCUUAUAACCCGUUCGCUUCCACCCACACCCUCUGCCCCCGCUCUUUUGAUUAAUGGGCUCAUGGAUUUUCAAAUAAAUCUGGCAAAUCAGGAUAAAAAGCGGUAGAUUUAUCUUGUUUUGUGGGGGAAUAAACUGGAUGUACAUUGGUUAUGUUGUGGUGAGUAAAACAUCCCUUUAAAUGUAGAUCUGAAACACAGGCUGAUUUAUGGGUUAUAAACAACGUAAUCAAUAAUUAUGACCUCAGUGAAUAUUCCUCUAAAAUAAUGUGUCUAUGCAUCGAACCAGUUGUUUUUGGCCUCGAACACCAUCAGAGUUAUUACAGUGUGACGAAAAAUACUACAUAAUAUAGUUCUUCCUUUUUCCUUAUUGAUGAAAUCCCAGAAAAUGAAGACAAUUUUAUUUAUCAAGAUAAACAACAUUGAAAAUAUGCAAAAUUUACGAGAAAAAAAAAGGUUAAGAACAAGGAUUGUCAGGCAUUAAUUAGUUAAUAUCAAACUCAAACAUGACAGGAACAAUUUUACAUGAAUUUUACAUUUCUAACAUUGCUCUGAGAAAUUAUGAACGGCUUUUAAAGUAACUGGAAUAAAAUGUUUUUAACCAUACUUCAAUAACAAACCUGAGCUGGAAGCAACGCUAAAUAAGUACAAAAGAAGGUGAGUGGUUAUAUUUAUAAUGCUACAAUAACAUCAACGGUGCAGGAGGAAAAUAAUGUUAAUGAAUAACGAGAAUGUUGUUUAGUGUGGGGAUUCAUAGAACAGAGUGCAAAGGUACGAUCCACGAUAACCAUGUAACGCGAUUCAAAUGUUCUAAAGGCAACUCGGUUUCUCUUGUUGCAAUAACUCAAACUACUUUGACGUUAUCCCAAUGUUUAUGACCUUUAGUGCAUACUAAAAGAUUGUCAGAUGACUCCUGAUGAAAUAAAACAUGAAGGAUUGUUCCUCUGAUGGCUGUAGUUCUUCCCACUAAAACAUUUUUAAAAAUCCUUGCUGAUGUGGAAUUGUCUUGUGUCUAAUAUUCCUGGAGGUUUGCUGACAGGUUCUGCACCCGCUCGACCACGAAGAAACAGAGCGUCCCGGUGAAGCCUAGGAUGACCAUCAGCAGGAGCUGCCACUUCAGCAGGAGGUACCCGCUGUAGAAGAACGCCACCGCUGCAAAAACAGACUGAAAGAGAAUAUAAGUUUUUAGGAUGCUUCCGUUCAGCUGACAAAAUGCAUGGUUUUGGUAAUUCCCUGUACGAGUUAUAAAAUUGAACAUUAAUCGUUAAAGGGGCCCUAUUAUGCUAAUUUCAGGUUCACCGUCUGUUUGAAACCAGAGCCCAGUCUGCUCUGUUGGUUAGCUCCCCAACUCUGUUGUGAUUGGUCAACCACUCAGGAAGUCAGUGGUUGAUUCCUUAGCAUAUCACGUAAAAUGUGCUGAAGUGCUAUCCAAUAGAAAUGCGAAUUUUACAUAGUGAUGUCAUUAUGUUACUGAAGUAAACAAAGGAGUCCAAUGGAGGCGUUUCAGUCAGGGGGGGAGUCUAGGGGAGAAACUCUCUCUUGAGGGAUUUUUGCCUUUAUAGACCAUUUACAUGCACCAAAACCUAUACACAACAGGAAAGGGAAAACCCCAAAAAGCAUUAUAGGGCCCCUUUAAGUGCAAUCAAAUACAACAAUAUAUUACAUUAAGAAAUUAGUAUUUGUUCUCAUUUCAAAUGUACUGCUGUUUUAAUGUUUUUAA